CUCCGAUGAAUAAUACCGAAUAUUCACACAGCGUCUUUGUCCCAUGACCGGCUUCUUUUUCCAUCUCCGUCAAGUUGGACGAAGUACUGAACUCUUUUGGCUCGCCACUAAGUUGGUAGCCCGGUACUCACAGAAGGGCAGGUCCCAUGGGACUGCUGGACACCACAACCGUGACAGGCUGAGAGCUUCCUCUUCCCCUCCCCGCCCUCACUGACUCGAUCGGACUGGGAUCUCACUUCAUCUAUUUCCCCUCGCGAGUCCCCCUACAUUACCCCAGACUUUCCUCCCCCUCGAGCUCCUCCCCGAUGCAUCCCAGAUCCUCGCCAUGAAGCCAACCAAGCAUUUUUGCUGCACCAUUUGCCAGCGGGGUUUCACACGUAUUGAUCAUCUGAAGCGACACCAUCUGCGUCACUCCGGCUUGAAGCCGUAUUCUUGUGUCUUUUGCAGCGAAUCUUUUGCUCGCUGUGAUAAUCUGCGUGACCACUACGCAGACUGUGCCAAACGUGGCGACCGGGAAAUUCCUGAGACCGGCCAGCGAGGUAGGAGACGACAUGCAUGCCAAUCAUGUACUUCGAUGAAGCUUCGCUGUGAUGGACAAACUCCAUGCGGAUCCUGCGCCAAGAGACAUCUCGAGUGCAUUCAGGAUCGCAAGGCGACAACUACCAGCCCGGGGGCUGUAUCAGAAACGUCUUCUAUGAAGCACGAAGACUAUGAUCGACCUUCAGAUAGAGGGUCUAUCAAGUUCCUUCUCAAUGGUGGCACCGACGGCUUCACAGAGGAAUUCCUCCUCCCGCCGCGGAGUGAUCGGACGCGAGGCCUUGAGUACCACCACCAGAAAGAAGAAGCUGAGAGCGUGGAGAGCUCAAUGCUAGCGUUGGAAUCAAAGGGAGGCCCAACAGAAUUUGUAGCGACCCCAUUCUCUGAGUUUGAUACAACCGGCCUCUCUUUUUUCCAAGAUACCUUUCUUGACUUCUUCAACGGACCUUUCGGAGACGCACACAAAUCAACAGUCGAUCCAUACAGUGGAGGAAUGAUGGACUACUCGCCAUCUAUUCCCAUGAGCCAUGACCCAAAUUUGACGUUUUCUGGGCAGCAACAGUUCCAACCCGAGAAACCAUAUUCUACUGCCUUGAUCCAAGCUAUUCUGUCACGAUCCUGGUCCUUACCGCUCGACGCAAAGGUACACGAGGAGAUAUCAACAAAUCUCACUUUUCUUCUGACAACGGCGCGCAUCCGAAAAUUUGUGGCUCUUUAUUUCAAGUACUGGCACGCAAACUGCACGAUAAUCCACGUACCGUCUUUUGAUCCUGAUACCGUUGCGUUGCCUCUCCUCGCAUCUGUUGUGUUUAUGGGCGCUAUGUACACGACGGAUGAACGAGAGCGAUACGCAGCCAAAAGACUGCUUGAUCUUGCAGAGCUCUACGUUUUCUCCAGCGACAUUUUCUCGUGUGAAUACGAAGUAGCUGCGAUUAUGUGCGGGAGUCGAACUGUUGACUCCGAAAUCCAUGACUGGUCUCAAUUUCAGAAUUUCCAGGCUGGUUUUCUUAUGGUGGUCGUACAAUAUUGGGCUGGGGGGUCAGUAUCGAGCAGUCGCGCUAUGGAGAAUCGGUUUAGUGAAGUCGUCAAGGUUGCGCGUCGAAUAGGCCUAGUGAGGUACAAACACACCCCAGAAGAUGGGGCGGACGAAGCAAAGUGGAUUCAGAAUGAGUGUCGCAUCCGCAACAUGAAUAUUGUUUCACUUCUCGACUGUGCCUUUUCAUUCUAUCAGAAUUACCCUUGUCGCCUUUCUCACACAGAAUUGGGUUGGGAGUUUCCUUGUUUCGACUCGGUGUUUGCCUCCGAGCAUCCAUUUGCAGAACCAAAUUUUCAAGUUUCCCGGGGAAUCGCCAUUCGUGACGCAUUCCAUGCACUGUUUGAGGAUACCAGCGGACAAGGCUCUCCUGUUCCCUUGCCUUCUUCAAAUCCCAUUUCAAGUCUAACAGUAUUUGACAUGUUUGUUUUAAUCCAUGUACUUUACGCCUUUAUCAACACGCACAUGACUUGUCUGGCACCCCUUAUUCGAACAAAACCGUCUGUUUCUGCGUCGAGUUUAGGGAAGAAGCGACAAUCCGUUGUUCAGAACGACCAAACUUUGACACCCAUCCGCACAGCACUAACACGGUGGCGGGAUCAUUGGUUAACGCUCCGCGACACCGUGUCUAGUCAUGAAUGGGCCUCCAUGGGCUUCUUCAAAAACGGGUAUAACUUCUGGCUUGUCUCUCACCUUUUGACCACCAAGAAAGAAAGCGUGGAUGUCGUCAUGAAGAUGGAAGUACGGUGCGAGGAUAAGCUUGAGAAGCUCAAGGUUCUCCUGAAAGAUGAGAAUGAUUAAUGUGACUACGACUUCAUAUAUUCAAGGUCUUUUGGUAUUCUUUGGCUAUUUCAACUUUAUUUGGGGGCGCUGGGUGUAUUAUAGAGGCAAAAGAGGACUGGUUCAUGCCUCUUGUAUGUGUGGAUAUCAUAUAGACUACGAUCAAGCGUUUAGCACAGGCAACAUUGGUAUCUUGAUCAUUUCAUUUAUUCAUUAACCUUUAAGCAUACCCAAGCGACC